AUGAGAGCACAAAGACCACCAUCGCUACGUCAGUCCAAAGUGACAUCAGCCAUUCUGGAAGCCACAAAGUUCAAGAAUGAGUGUGAUCAUCGCUGUGUUCGACAAACAGCGUUAAAAAAUUGGGCUAAAAUUGUGUCAGCUUUAUUAGUGCCGUUAAUUUUGGGUGUAUUCACUGUCGUGCAAACACUUCAACAACAGAAAAUCUCAAGCCUUCAACGUAAGCAAGAUCAAUACCAAGCAGAUAAUACUCAAAACGAAGAUAUAUUUGCCAAAUACAUUGACGAUGUUUCUCGUUUUAUUUUGAAACAAAAUACAUUCUUAUCUCAAACUGACAAGGUUUACCUUCGCACACAGACACUAACUGCACUUCGUAAACUAGAUACAAAAAGAAGGAGUCAACUAUUCCUGUUUCUCCUUGAAAGUCAGCUUCUGUCCGGUGCAUUUUCAUUAUGCAAUGCUAAUUUGAACAAUAUUGAUGCUUCGAGUGAAUGGAAUGCAAUGUCCGAAAUGGACAAAAUGAACGAAUCGAAUGAUUUUUAUUUACCAAACGUUAAUCUUCGAAAUGCAUCGUUUGCAAGGCGGCUGCUUCGAUAUUCUACGUUUGACGGUUCACAAAUGGACAAUAGUAACUUCACAAGCUGCAUUCUUUGGAACACGACGUUUGUUGGUAGUUCCAUGAAACAAGCAGUGUUUCAACAUGCUAUAAUGGAUGGAGUAGAUUUUAGCAACGCUAAAUUGGUUGAGGCCGAUUUUACCGAUGCAUUAUUAGUCGGCAGUAUAAAUUUCGUCAAUACCGAUCUACUCAAUGCUAAAAUAACAAGUAAUCAAUUAACAAAUUCUGUGCUACUGAAUGCUCGGUUGCCGAACGGUAGUUUUACCUUGUUGGCGGUAGAAAAUAUUUUAGCAAACAGUGACGGAGAAGACAGCCAUGAAUGUAAUGAUGAAAUAUACGGGUGGGAAAUAGAAGGUAAUGUGAGACUUCAAGCUUACAAUGAAUCAACAGAUGUUAAGCAUGGUCAAUGCUAUUUUUCGGGCUUGGAGGGAUCUCAAAUGAAGCAAAAGGUUGACUUGAUAAAUUUUACUCUUCUCAUUGAUAAUCAUGAACUUGCAUACAAUUUAUCGGUCUAUUUAGCAUCAGGCGUACGCGCUGUUUUGACUUUUAUAGAUAAAGACAUGGCUGUCACAGCAGUGCCAUCUGGUAAGCUACGAUGA